AACAGGCGUAUCGGUCGAACAUUAAACAUUUAAUACGCAUCGUAUUCGGGCUACAUCUGGUUUUGCCCAAUAAUAAAACAAAUUGGCGCGCACUGAUAAGGACUAGCGGGCGAAGAAACUGGAAGACGGAAACUACAAUGUCCGAGAGUCAGCAGCCCGUGGUUAGUAGAGCCCAGCCAGUCGUCGACUACGGCAGUACGAUCUCGAUCCGCACGGAAUCGCAGCGCCGGCCCACAUUCAUUCCGAUCGAAUCUCCGCGACGCUAUUCGAAAAUGCCUCACAGCACGCUAUCCGGCCACGAGGCUCAGAAUCGCUGGCAGAGAUUGGAGUUCUUCCUGAAUGUCCUGAAUCAGAUGUGCAUUGGAUUCAUCACCAUCUACAUCUCCUACUUGACCCUGCGAACGGGAUUAUCUGGCACCGGGCUGCACGCCUGGCUGGUGACCAUUGGGUUCUCCUUCUUCAUGGCCGAGGGAGUUAUGAUCCAUUACGGUGGCAAUGUCUUGACGAACGGAUAUAAACGCCAGACCAAGACCACCAUACACUGGGUGGUCCUCACAUUGGGUGGCGGCUGUGGGGCAGCUGGAGCUCUUAUCAAAAUGAUACAGAAGGGGUUUUUGCUGCAAUCCACACAUGGCAAGCUGGGAAUGACCGCCUUUGUGCUAUGCAUUCUGGCCAUGACCUCCGGCCUGGCGGCCCUCUUCUCCCCGCGUAUUAAGAAACUUAUUACGCCCCUGCUGAACAAGACAUUCCACAAUUUCCUGGGAUUCGCCUGCUUCGUGAUCGCACUGGUGACCCAGUACUACGGCUACCAGACGGGAUACUUCAAGAGCCGCACCGAAACGGAUUUCCAGGUCCUGAUGAAGUGCCUCACCCUCAUUUCGUUGGUUCUGUCGAGCUACGGACCCAUGAAGGCGCUCUAUCAAAAGUGCCAAAGUAUAUCCCAGCAGUUUUAGGUAGGAGACACAGACUUAGCUUUCGAAUGUAAAUAAAUCUAUUUAUAUCUUAUAAA